UGCUACUCGUCACUCAGUCAGAGGAUGUUGCCUUUCAGCAGCUUGGAGGAAGCAGCGGCGAGUCUAGGGAGGCCUCUCACUCACGCUGAGACCCUCUGGUUCAGAUACUCCGCCACCAUGCCCGACUACUUCAUCUACUUCAUCAUCUUCUUCCUGUUUUUCUGGUUUAUGGUCCUCUGCUCUCUACCACUAGCUCUCAUUGAGGCGAUGAGUCCAAAGCUUGUCAAUAAGUUCAAGGUACAACCAAAUGUGAGGAUACCCUUCUCCCGCGUGCUGCAGUGCUACAAAGAUGUGUUUAUCAUCCAGCUCAUUGCGAUCACUCCCAUUGAGUCCAUUUUCAUCCCCUUCUUCAAGCUGAUGGGGAUCAGAACGAGCCUGCCAUUGCCGUCAUUGUGGCCGGAAGUGGCCGUCCAGCUCCUUGUUUAUAUGCUGGUGGAAGACUAUGGGGUGUACUGGGUUCACAGGUUGAUGCACUCGCCGUGGGCUUACGACAAGUUCCACCGCGUCCACCAUGAGUACACCGCUCCCAUCGGCAUCUGUACAAAUUAUGGCCACUGGGUGGAUAUCCUGAUCCUGUCGUUGCCAACCGUUGCCGGCCCCGCCAUCGCCCCUUGCCAUGUUCUGACCUUCACCGCGUGGCUCUUUCUGCGACAGCUUCAGGCCGUCGAGUCUCACUGCGGGCAUGACUUCCCUUGGAGCCCCAAUAAAUUUAUUCCAUUCUAUGGAGGUGCAGAAUACCAUGAUUUCCAUCACUAUGUUGGAAAGAGCCAAAGCAAUUUUGCCUCUACUUUUACAUACUGUGAUUACAUCUAUGGAACUUACAAGGGUUAUCAGUACCGAAAAACAUGCUUAGCAAAUAUGAAAAGGACCUUGUCUAUAGAAGGAAAUCUACAAAUGUUACAGGAGUCAUCCCAUGACUUGAAAUCUCAAUGAUGAGCAGUAGUGCAAAGACAUGCUAAGGUUGCUUCAACAUAGGCCCCUUGCCUUAUUCAAUAAAGAGCAAUAUUUCCAUUUACAUACUGUUUAUUUAGUUGAACUAUAUAUGUAACUCACCAACUUGGGAAC